AAACGGAUGGGCAUGCAAAAAAGCAGGUUUAAAGUAAGAAAGAGUGCUCCUUGUUAAAUAAGAAAGGCAAUUGCAACUGCGGCUAUUAUAAAAUGAUAGCAUCCCGUUUGCCUGAUACCUUUUUUAUUUUGCAGAGCAUUUUGCUUUCUUUUUGUAUCCUUCAUUUUUCACCAUAAACACAACAUAAUAUUCAAAUCCUGAGAAUGUCUCUCAUCAAAAAGUACUUGUCAUCGCCAACAAAAACCAGCAGCUUCCCGUGGCACAGGAAUAGCAGCGGGCGCGAGCCACAGCCGGUCGUCCACUCGGCCAACUUUAUCGACCUCAGCAUCGAAGACAGCAUAAACAGCGGGCGGCUUCUCGACAUCCACAACAUGCAGUGCAUGCCGACGAUUCGGCUUCCAGAAUCCGUAGGGCGGCGGUCAAUAACCAGAUUGCGGCCGGUGUCGUCAGAGACACAGAGUCCGCCGACACACACGCGCGGCAUCUCAUGGCAAGACGUGCAUGAGUGGGCGGAUGACAGCAAUAUAGCGGUAGUGGAGUCAUGCAAGCACUGCAAUAUGCGGGUUGCGCCUGCGGCUUCGAGAGCGUGGCAUGAGCGCAUGUGCGCGCUAAAUUGCGAGCCUGUGCCAGAGUCGUGUGAGCUUUGCCAGCGGCCAUUUGUCUCGCUUUUGCACGCGCGCAACCACUAUCUCUAUGGAUGCACGCCAAUGUGAUGGCUCUUUUUAAUAUGUUUGGUACCAAAGGCGUCGCGCGAGUGAUACUU